GCUAACUUGCAUACUAUUCCAAUUUUUCAGGUAUGUUCUUUUUUUAUUCUACUCUUCAAAUAAGAAUUUUUUAAAGCUACCUUCUGCCACGCGAUUCAUGGCCUGUACCUCUUAGUGGGCACGCGUGAAAAACAGCGGAGCAUCAUGAACGUCAUUAUCAUCGUCAACCCGCUGAAAAAAAAAAAAAAAGGAGUGAUUGAUCUGAGCGCAGAAGUGUGAAGAAGAAGUGCCUUAAAUGCCAUCCACGCACUGCCGUGUUCUUGUGAACGUCAGAGUUGCUUUCGCUCUUGCCGCCUGGGUUCUUCACAACAGACUGACCUUUCUAGUGUGCCUCAUGCCAUUCCCUACUCCGCGCUGAAAGGACACGAAACAAAACCUCUCCGGAUGAAGACGCUACCAGAGAAUGUGUGGCCUGUGAAGAGAUCGUGAUUCUGAAAGUAAGGCAACGGAUUUAAUUAUUUCCAUUUAUUACAGCAAAUGGUGCUGUUAGUGUGACCACCAGCAUCGACUCGAACUAAGUGGAUUAAAGAUCCCUGCCGAAAAUCGAGAAAAGCCUGAGAAAUCUUAUGGCUUCCCGCAUGUUUAGUUGGAUCGAGUUCAGAAGACCGAAAUGCGCCAAGAUACUGAACAGAACAAUCGCGUGCGCACUCAUCGUAUCCCUAGCGUGCCUCAUGCUCCUACCGACGACGUAUCGCGGGGCUUCCCUCGGCUAUCUCCGUGAAGCUGUAGCCACUGGGUCUCCUAAUAACGUGAAGCCUUCAACAGAUGAGCCCGCUUCUGCGGAGCCGAUGUCUGAGGAAUCCGCGCCAGUCGAGCCAAAUGCCUCUAGGUCAUUCUCCGUUCAGGUAACUUCGGUUAAGCCAGUACAAGUCGCGAACUCCUCUUAUGGCGCGAUUGCGGAGAAUGCCACAAGCACACCUGGCUGGAAAGUGCUAAACGCCUGCGGUACGGCCCUUCGGGUCCUCUAUUACGUACACACCGCUCCGGACCAUUUCGACCGGCGUCGCCUGCUGCGAAGUACCAUAGGCAACCCCGCAGUCGCCGCGUUCCUCAACUCCUCCGUGGUCUUCUUCGUCGGCCAGACCACCGACGCGGAACUGAGCGCUGAGGUGCGUGCGGAGGCCGCGUGCGAAGGCGACGUGGUGCUGCUGGAACACGUGGACACCUACCGGAACCUGACCUACAAGUUCAUCGGCGCUACAAAGUGGCUCACUGCUAACGGCUGCCUCGGUCCGUCGACAGAUGUGGUUGUCAAACUAGACGACGACGUCAUUGUCAACGUGUUCCUUCUGGCGUCUUACGUAAAGCGCCAUUUGGCCGCCGGCACUCGUGAUUCCAGGAGAGUUCACUGCGCUACCAUGCCGGUCCUGAAGCCUAUCCGCGAGAAAAAAUUUAAAUGGUUCGUCACAAAGGAAGAGUACGCCAACGACACGUAUCCUCCUUACUGCUGCGGCGCAGCCUACCUUAUGAGGGCGUCUGUACUGGCUUUAUUGGUCGAGGCGACUUCGAGCGUGCCGUUCUUUUGGGUGGACGACGUCUACGCCACAGGACUGCUGACGAGGGCAGCCAACGUGAGUCUGGUCGACAUACGGAAAAAAUACGUGAUCUUCACAUCGAAGAAUACGACGGCGGUGAGCAACAGUACGCUGUUCUUACACUGGGGUAUGACACCCACGCUUUUCACCAGAACCUACCGGUUCUGGGCUAAUGUGUUGGGACAGAACCGGACAGAGUGAUCAUGUACAAUGGUGUGGCGGUGCAUGAGCGACGGGUGACGGUGUUGAUGACGUACCAAGUGAAAUUGAACAUGACUUUCGAAAUCAAUGUGCGCCGAUCUAAUAGAACACCUUUAUGUGAAGCCAAACUGCGUGAAAUUAACUAGCAUCUUAGUUGACAGAAAUGCCGAUAUUUCAUUAAGUUUAGAAAGAAAUACAGAGCCAUUUGAAUAAGCUUAGAAAGGUGCGACAAUCUAAGAGCAGCAGAAAAAGAUGACAAUGCCAAUUUUUUUUUCGCACUGUGAGGCAUCAAUCAUAACGACAAUAUUUAUCGCUAGAGUCUUUAUAAUCUUUUAAAAUCCCAUUUAAUGUACUAUUGUAGCAGCGAUGUUUCGCCUUGAGUAGACAUUCCGUAGGUGUCGUCCCACAUGAUAAGUGGUACCUCCCAAACGAGCGCAUUUUAGGGACCAAUCCAAGUUUGCACUAUGACUUUUUGAGGCAUAUGUAACUAAGGCCUGCGAACUGGCAAAAAUACGGCAGGCUGGGAAAUAAAUAAGGCUUUAGUAAUCUUUUCGGGCCUUCAUAUUUAGGAAUGUUUAAGCAGUAAGUAAACAAAAGCUGCACAUAAUAGAGGGCAAACGGCCUUUCCGAUGGAACACAUUAUUGGCAACCAAUUUUACCAAGCCAAAGCGCAGGCGCAGGUACUCCCGCUCUAGUAGAACAAGAUGAUGGAACUUGAAAGCUCGUGAACCUGAAUAUGAGACAUGCAAAUUCUAAAACCUGGUGUGCAUGAAGUUUCAUAGGUCAUGGAAAUAUGGAGUCUACGCACCCACGGCUGACUGUUGCGUUGCUUACGUAGCCUGUCGUCUGCUCGUUCCGCUCUUUAUUAUUUACGCGGUUAAUUUGCCUAGGCCUGCUAGGGGACUCGCCACAAUUUAGACGCGGAUGCUUGACUGAGUUCGCAUCAGUUAUAUUCUGGUCACAGUAUCAAAACGAUGUGUUUACACGUUUACUAAGAGGAAAAAUUAAAAUUGAGUGCUGUCUAAUUUUAAGCGUGAGGCGUAUGUUGCCUAACCUGGUUUCAAUGACGUACAGCUAUGCUAGAUUAUAGCGAGCUACUUCCGAUAUAGGGAGCGAAUGUCGCAGUCUGGAGCGAAGAACGCGAUAUUACCUGCGUAUGCAUAUGUGCGUAACUUACGAUGACGUUGAAUGGAACUCGGUAAGAUAUUGAAUAAUUAAGGCGACUUCGGAACACCUCGAGUAUCCCCAUAAGCUGGCAGUGUAUAUUUGAAGGGGAGGCUCUUAAAUAACGGAAGAAUUCCCUCCUUGUUAAAGAUUCCCAUAACCAUGGGACAAGGUAGUUGUAAGUUCAAGGUUUGUAGCCGAUCCACUAAACUUUCGUGCUCUGCACUAUAGUAGGCUUUGAAAAUGUCUAGUCGCAAGAGCAGCGACCUGUUUCUGACCUCGUGUUAAUUUUAUUGCGCUUUCUAGGUCAAUGUGAACAUGUCAGAUGGAACAUUUUGGGCUGAAGUUCAUUUCGCUGAUCUCAAGAAUUUCUUGUUCUGCACACAUUUCGUACGACCGUUAUACGAAACUAUUUCACUUAACCAGCAAUUGGUCGAAUAUGAUCAAUUGUGUGUACUUCCACAUGACUUUUAAGAAUCUAAAAUAUUUUAGUAAUUUUUCAUGCGCAUAUAAUUUCACGAAAAUUUAGCUGACUAGCCUAUCGUAGCUAAAAAAGUCAUCAUCAGACUUGUUAAAUAUAUAUUACGAAUAUAACAGAGAUUCCGCCGCCUGAACCUGGAGAUGAAGCUAGCAGAUGCUUUAUAGCCUCAGGCAAUUCGAUAACCUACAAAUUUCACCAAAAUAAUCAGACAGAAUUCCUAACAUGGAAGGAAUUGACAAGAGAAAAAAAGAAUACUAUCACCUCGAGCAAUCCUUACAGAUGGUUAACCAGCGAAGCUGAAACGUGCGGCCCCGGUGUUUAUCACUGGAUAAAUCCCGACGCUUCAUUAAAGUCUUUCUCAAUUAUU